GUAAGGACGGGUAAAAAAUGAACUGUUGUUAUUCUAAGAAUAUGGUACAAGCACAUUCUUGUGCUCAGCUAAUGAUGAUUUCUUAGUACAGUCUGUUGUAGAUGGUGAAUGCAAUGAUUACUUCAAAACUUAGGUGUACACUUGAUUUGUCUGGAACUACAGCUUUUGAGAUUUCUCAAUUGCUUUUUGAGAGUCUUAUGAAAGCUGUGGCUGCUCGGGCACCCCGCAAAAGUCUUGGUCCUUGCACCAGCUCAGAACCCUCAUCACCAAGUACAUCAAACAAAUAUUCAGGAGGUAACCCUGUCUGUUCACGGCCAACUCCAGAAUGGCAGAAGAAUAUUACAAAUUUUUUCAAGUCUAAUGGCAGCAACAACAACAAAAGUAGUGAAAACAGCACUAUUCAGAAAAUUGGAGAUCAAACAACUUCAGAGGAGAGUUCAUCAAAUUAACCAGCUGUAGCAGGAGGAAGCAUGUUGCCAUUAUCAUUGCACUGUUUUAAUGGAAUCCUUUGUGAUAGCUAGUACAGCACAACUUACUGCAGUUUUGAUUUAAUAAAACUCAGUAAGAUCCUUCACAUUUUUAAAAAUCAUCUUUCAUUGUAUAUUUGCUCAUCCUUCUCACAUAACAAUUUGAUAAUAAAAAAAAAAAUGUUUUCUUCUAUGAUUUUUA